AGAGGGAGCCAUGGCUGCAGAGAACCCCGUGGAAAAUCUCCAGGAAGAAGUGACUUGUCCCAUCUGUCUGGAGUAUUUCAGAGAACCUGUCACUCUGGAGUGUGGGGACAAUUUCUGCCGAGCCUGCAUCACCCAGUGCUGGGAGGGAUCCGAUACAGACUUCUCCUGCCCUCAGUGCAGAGAAACUGUGCAGCAGAGAAACCUCAGGCUGAACAGGCAGCUGGCAAAUGUCCUAGAAAUAGUCAAAGAGCUGAAUUUACACAAAGCAAAAGGAGCAGGAGAGGAUGGUGUGUGUGUGGAACACCAGGAGCCUCUCAAACUGUUCUGUGAAGAGGAUCAGACCCCCAUCUGUGUGUUGUGUGACAGAUCACAGGUUCACCGAGCUCACACUGUGGUUCUCAUAGAGGAGGCUGCCCAGGAGUACAAGAAGAAAAUUCAGACCCAUUUGAAGACUCUGAGGAAAGAGAGAGAAAAGCUCCUGAGACUGAAUGUGGUUGGAAAGAAGAGAAUCCAGGAAUAUCUGAAACAAACACAAACCAAGAGGCAUAAGAUUGUGUCUGAAUUUCAGCAACUCCGGCAGUUCCUGGAGGAACAAGAGCAACUCCUUCUGGCCCAGCUGGAAAAGCUGGACAAGAAGGUUGUAAAGAUACAGAAUGAAAGUAUCACCAAAUGCUCUGAGGAGAUUUCCCGUCUCAGUUUGCUGAUCAGUGAGAUGGAGGGGAAGUGUCAGAAGCCAGGGAGUGAAUUCCUGCAGGAUGUCAGAAGCACCUUGAGCAGGUGUGAGAAGGGGACGUUCCAGCAGCCGGUGGAGAUGUGUCCUGAACUGGAAAAGAGCCUGAGUGAUUUCGCCCAGAAAACUAUUGCUCUAAUGAAGACGCUGAGGAAGGUCAAAGACAUUUUGCCAAUUGAACUGGAGGGGAAAAAAGAGAAUACUCCAGGAUCACACAGACAGGUGAAUGUGAUUCUGGAUCCAGACACGGCUCAUCCUGAACUCCUCCUCUCUGAGGGUCAGAAAAGUGUCAGAUGGGGUGACAAAUGGCAGAGACUGCCCAACAAUCCCAAGAGAUUUGAUACCCUGGAGUGCGUGCUGGGCUGUGAGGGAUUCACAUCUGGGAGAUACUACUGGGAGGUAGAGGUGGGAGGUGAAAUAAUCUGGGCUGUGGGGGUUGCUAGAGAGUCUGUGAGGCGGAAGGGAUUGAUCUGCUUUAACCCUGAGUGGGGGAUCUGGGCUGUGGAGCAGUGGUGGGGUGACUUCCAGGCUCUCACCUCCCCUAAAACCCCUCUGCCCCUGAGCUGGGUCCCCAGGAGGAUCCGGGUUUGUCUGGACUAUGAACAGGGACUGGUGACAUUUCUGGAUGCUGAUAAUGAUGCCCCAAUCUUCACUUUCCCACCGGCUUCCUUCAGUGGGGAGAGAAUCCACCCCUGGCUUUGGGUUCAGAGUGAACAGUCACAGCUCAGACUGUGUCCCUGACACUUGAGGAAAACAUCCCCUCUAAGGACCCUGAAAUCAACCUCUCUAGCCUCAGACACCCUAAUCUCUACGAUCAUAGAAUCAUAGAAUCUCAGGGUUGGAAGGGACCUCAGGAGGUCAUCUAGUCCAACCCCCUGCUCAAAGCAGGACCAAACCCAACUAAAUCAUCCC